AUGGAUUCGCGCCCCGGCUGCAGCAAGGACACAAAAGAAAGCGUUUUCAAGAUCGAAGCCAACGAUGGCAAAAUUGAUCUGAUGAUGGCGCUGUUCAAAGAGGAAGAGAAGCAAAAAGUUGUGAUCAGGCCAAGGAUUUCGAAGAUGCGCCAAAGCGCGCCGAUGAUGAAAAAAGAGCCACCACCGCCUCGUCCGAUCAUUGUCAAAAAGAGGCAACUCGAAUUGUACCGGAAAGCGAACGGGAGUCAAGACUCGAAACUCGUCUCGUUGGUCACCCCGUAUGUGGCACCACCAAAAAUUCAAGUCACUGAGGAGCCGACAAUAUCGUGGAAAGUCGGACGCGCGAUUUGCCCGGGUCGAUGCGGACGCGAGCUGUCGAUCAGUUGCGUGAAGGAGCACGUCAGUUUCGGUUGUCCCCCCUACAUCCAACGCCCACGCGGCACGGCGCUCAAGAAGAAAUUGAAAGGCGUUUGGAGAAGCCAGCGCCAAAUUUGCCCGGGUCCAUGCGGGAAAGAGCUGUCUGGAGGCGUCAUUGAUGAGCACUUAUUGCACGGAUGUCCCGGAUUUUCUCAGUGUUGCCUCCAGUGUCCAUUUUGCGCCGAACUUUUCACGACCCAUCUAAAGUUGAUCCAUCACUGUACCGAGUACCACGCGGCCACAAAUGUGCGCAUUCAGCAGGAACGAAUAAAAUUCUGGGAACAAGUGCAGGCUAAAAUCGACGCGGCCGUGACGAGCGACGCGCAUUUGGUGAAGUCGAAGAAAAAUCUGUCCAAAUUCAAGAAUUACAGAUGCUCCAAAGAGCUCGCACAAGGGAGGAGAGAGUCUGGAGAGGUGCACAAAGUGUGCCCAGCUUAUUACAACGUCGAGUUGCUGGAGGAUGGAGAUUACAUUCUCCGCUACUGCAACGUUCAUGUGCAUGGGCAUCUCGACGGGAACGAUUUGGCGUCUCUCGUAAAACUACGCGACUACGCGACUGUACGGGCGCGGGGCGCUACUAUUAGAGUCCCAAAAGAGGAAACGAUUGAUCCGGAUGAUGGCCCGGUUUUCUCAAAGAUCCCGCUCGAUCAGAUCCUCCAGGCCACUCAAGUGGCAGCCAAGCGAUUGUAUGGAAAAAAUUUUCAGCUC